AUGGCACUCCGUGGAGAUAUGGCCCUGUUUUCGCCGCCGAUUCGAGUGUUCUUCUUCAUCGCGAGCCUUUUCGCUGUUGUCGGUGCCUCCAAUGUCGAACGAACUGCGGACCCCUGUGCUGCCAUCGGUGGGCAAAAGUGGGUCUCACCCCAAGAUGUUCGAGCAUGCUUUACUUCGGUCAAAGUCGAUCCAUUAAUUAAGGAGAAUAUCAUCCAAGUUAUCAACAAGACUUUGGCGUUUCACACCUCUGUCAACUAUCAGCUGAGGGCGCCCGAACCUUUCACCAGAGAUGUCCAUGAAGACCUCCUCGGCGACCUUGCACGUAUUCAGAGAUCGAAUUAUGCCUCCGAUUAUGGCCUGCACAUCGACUUUUCGCGAACUUUAAAGCGUCUCAAUGAUGGGCACUGCGUUUGGAUCAAUAACUGUUAUGACUCCUUAUUCGUCAACUACUUACCGGUUCCCUUGGCCCUUUUAACGGAACGUGAUGGAUCGCAAAACGUGCACGUCGCACCCGAGGCCUUCGCAGUCGCAUCCGCAGAAUUCCCAGACCAGAUCGAUGUAUGGCAGAACGCCUUACCUGGACCUCUGAAAGGUCAACUCGCAUUGCUCUCCGGAGCCAAAGUUCUCCUUAUCAACGGCCAGGACCCUUUCGUGGCCGUUAAUGCCAACGCACUGAUCACAGGAAGCUUCCAGGCGUUUGGAACUCGUCAAAACUCUUUCUUCUCGAGCUACCAGAGGAGUACUAGUGGAUGGAAUUACAUCAUGGGCAACUUCGCGCAGCAGUCGCUUCCUUUGAAUGACGAAGUCAUGUUGAAGAUCCAACGCGUGAAUCAUACCAUGCCUGAAGUAGUGGUUCUGCCAUAUCGCUCUCGAAUUAGCCCCGCUACGGUACCAUUCACUGACACGGCAUCCUGGCGUGCCAACAACUGUCUCGCUAUCGAUGGUACCAACGGCGUCGAUGCAUACGCCAGCUCUUCCUCAAGAAGUUACUCCAGUACCCUGAACCCGUUGGCCAAGUUCCAACAACAGCCGCCUAUACCUGCGACCCAUCGCCAACCUCUCAACGUCAUCCUUGAUACAUCGCCGCUAUCUGAUGUCGUUCUUCCACCUGGCCUGCAGCCUGCCCUCCCUCCAGUCAACGGCAGUAGGAGCGUGGCGCAGUUCUACAUGCUCGAUGAUCAGAAGACGGGGGUUAUGGCCCUUGGCAGCUUCUCGGAUUCGAACUUCAACGCAUUUUUGAUCGGGAUGCUCAAUGGAUUGCUGUCGUUGAAGGCAUUAGGAGCUACACAGUUGAUCGUUGACGUUUCUAACAACGGUGGAGGUUUCAUAUGUGCUGCUCAUUGGCUUCAUCGUAUUAUUGUCGGCCCAAAAUCCACAACAGUUCCUCAAUCAGGACUCGACACGAAGGCUCGAGAUGGUCCUCUAGCCCAGCUCAUUGUCAAGCAGAUCGUCGAAGCAAACGCGGACCCCGACGACUUCCUUAACUACAACCCCAUCAACUGGGCCGAUGCGACUGGUAAAUUCUUCUCUGCGAACGACGACUGGCUGCAGCCACCUGUCUUGACCACCAUCAACGGCCGCUCCGACGCGUUCAGUCAACGACUCGGAGAAGAGUGCCCAACGGAUCAGUUCCCAGUCGCCCCGCCGGACGCUGCACUUUUCGAUCCGAAGAAAGUCGUCAUUGUCUCUAAUGGCCGGUGUGCUAGCUCUUGUUCACUCUUUAGCAUCACGAUGAACAAAGAGGAAGGGUCGAAGACGGUCGUCAUCGGCGGAAAACAAGACGUGCAACAACAAUACUGCGGCACCGUCGGUGGACAAUCUACAGACUUCUCGACAAUGGAUACCGAGAUCAAGACAACUCACCUCAAGGACAAUAGCCUUGCCCCACCUGACUUGCUCGUUAACGGCAUACAAGGUAUUACCUGGAGGUUUGGUUUCGGGAUCGACGACCCGACCCAGCCAGAAGAAUGGCAGCCUCGUCCUGCAGACAUGAACCUUCCGAUAACAAUCGACAUUGUCAACAACCCUGUCGCAAUUUGGGAGACCGUGGUGAAGAAGUUGUUUUCUUAG